UAUUAAUUAACGAAGGAUAUGAGAAUGAGGAGAGACGGAAGUAAUCUGACGCUUUUAGCCUCCAUUGUCGAUUCGCCGGCGGAUUCUCAUUUCCGUGGCCGAGUUUCGCUGCCGGCCGCCGCUGUCCCUCGUUCUCACUGCUUCGAACUGGUUUCGAUUAUGAAGGUGUGGAUAUUCGUAUUGUUGGUGUGGUAGCACGCGAGCUGUAACGUUUCUUACCCUAAUUCCGACAUGCAUCGCGACGAGGAGAAGAAGAGGAGGAAGAAUAGCGACGAACAGAGACGGUUCGAGUUCUGUGAGGUUUGCCGAUUGAACCAAAACCAAGGUCGACGGCACAAAUUUUUUCCGAGUCACAAAAGUUCGCUUUCGAAGUUCCUCGCGCAUUUCCAAUCGAAGCUCUCCGAUGUCAAAUUCUUCCUGAAAACGCCGAUGCCUCUAAGGCCUGAGCACGCUCACCAAAACCGCCUGUGGUGCGUGUUCUGCAAUUGUGACAUUGAGGAGCGUGAUAGCGCCUUCGCUUGUGGCAAUGCGAUCAACCAUUUGGCAAGCGGCGAACAUUGGAAGAAACUGAAGGAGUUCAUGUGGAAACAUGGAGGUGGAACCGAUCAAAUCGAUUUGUUUCGGAUAACUGAGGCGGAUUUCGCCAAGUGGGAGAGAAAGUGCAGCUUGUUGAAGAAAGAAACUGCCAAAGGGGUAUCCAUUGGACCUGUCGUUGGACCGUCAAAAAAUAUCCACAAAGAACCGAAUGAUGAAAAUGUUGAUAGUUUUCGUAAUAGUAGUGUUGAAUCUUUUAAUUCGCACAUUGCAAAUGAUGUUGUGCCUUUACAUAGCUAUACGAAUGAGGGAAUUCAGGUAUCCACAUCUUCUGUAUCUAUGGCUGGCCCAUCUUUACGCGACAUGUCUGCAGCAAUACAAGUGGGAAAUCUACGGGGCUUUAAUUCACCAGGUGUUCUUGCUACCAACGGUUCAUCAUAUGAUUAUCCUAAUAAUGGAUCUGCCCUCUUAGGCGAAAGAAGCAGUAAUGGACAAAGCAUAUCUCCAGGUUUGGUGCAUUUGACGCAAAUUUCAAAUCGAAAUCCAACUGAAGGAAACGUUCACACCGGAGCUCCCCCUCCUUGGUUCGAUGCAACAAAUGGAAAUCAGCUUGAUCUUGCAGGGAAUCAAGAACCCGGAAACCUAGUCUCUUCUAAAGCGAGGAAGGCUUCGAAUUUAAACAUGAAACGAGUUGGGGCUGCUUGGGCGGAGAAAAGAAGACGAGAGAUGGAGUUGGAAAAGAAAGGUGAACUUGUCGGCAACAAUUUUGACGCCAACUGGCUCCCUAAUUUCGGUAGAGUAUGGCAAACUGGCACGAGAAAAGAAUCUAGGAAAGAAUUCCGGAUGGAGAAUAAAGCUUCUCUACAAGCAGAUAAUCAGUCUGAGACUCCCGUCCGAUUACAGCCCUACGUCAGCAAGCGAAUGCGCGGUGAUACAACCAAUCUGUUACCUGAUAAUUCAUCGUUGAAGGAUGCAAUCGACGAAUAAGCUAGCGUACCCACGGUGACCUUCUCAUCCCUUCUUUAUAGUUCUGCAUUUUAUGGCCUAUAUAUGUGUGCUUUUGGUUGUUCGAUCCAUCAAAUUUGUAGCUCACUCUUGGGUUAUGUCGGCUUUGACUUCGUGCAGUUUGUUAUAGAUCUACAUCUUGGCUUUA